AUGUAUACUGUAGGUACUGAAUGUUCUUUUCCUCGUACACAGGUAGCCCGUAAAUUGGCCAUGGUUGAAGCUGAUUUGGAACGUGCUGAAGAAAGAGCCGAAGCUGGUGAAUCCAAAAUCGUAGAACUUGAGGAAGAACUCCGCGUCGUAGGUAAUAACCUGAAAUCACUUGAAGUGUCGGAAGAAAAGGCCACUCGCAAAGAGGACGAAUAUUCGAUAACGUUAAAACAGAUGGAACAGCAACUUCGAGAGGCUGAAGCCAGAGCUGAAUUUGCUGAACGUUCCGUACAGAAAUUACAGAAGGAGGUCGACAGACUGGAAGACGACCUUUUGCUGGAGAAAGAAAAGAACAAAAUGCUCGCCGACGAAAUGGAGGCCACAUUGCACGAUAUCCAAAAUAUGUAAAAAUCCGCCGUCCGUCGUUGCACAUCUACACGUACACAAAAAAAAUCACACCCACACGCCAAUUUUGAAAAACACAUUGUGAGAGAGCUCGUGAAAGAGAAAAGAAUAGCGAUAAUAAGAUAUAAGGCCGGAGCCUAUUGUGUCAUUCCCGUUUUGAUUUUCGCGAAGGAACUGUCCACUUAUACGUGAUAUCGGUUGUAAAAAAUACGUUCUGGUGCUUGGGAUUUUUCAUGUUAAUCAUGCGCUUUUUAUACUGAUAUAAGAAAAACUUUUCGAAAAUAAACAUCGUAGUUAAUCUGUACAGCUUAGAUAUAUUUUUGUAACGUAAAAUUGUGUACUCAAUAAUAGGUAGGUUUUGCAAAGACAUUUUCAAAAUGUCACAUUAAUUUUGUGAAGGACUGUCGGUAGCGUGUUAAUUGCCUUGAAACCAAGAGAGUGUGAAUUAUGAGAAUGUGAAAGUUGUCCCUUAUUUCCCAAUAUUAUCAAGUCAUGUAGAUCAAAAAUCAUUCUCUGUAUAAAAACAAAGAAAAUAUUCUCAUGCCUUUUUCAUUCCUGUUUUGACACAGUACAUUCCUCUUUCUAUGAAUCAUGAAUGCCAUUUAUAAAAUCGCUAUCUCAAGUAGCAUAGUUUACUCAACGUUUAGCAAAUAAAAAUACUUCUUUGUAGGAAUCAUUUUCAAACAUUCCAUAGUAUGUUCAAUCUGAACAUGCGUUUUUAUUCCACUCUAAUGUAUUUUAAGUAUAUCAAUUCUCCAAAAAAUAUAGUUUAUAUCAGGUAAAUCCUCUUAAGGUUUCUCAAAAGUUUAAAUAUAGGUGUUAUCUAAUAUAGAUAUCCUUUUGCGAAAUAUUGCAGGCCUUAGGAUAUAUCAAUAACCUUAAGAACGGAGGAUACUAGUCUUAAAAUAAAGCAAUAGUAUAUGUAGUAGUAGGUAAGAAUAUACUAACAUUCCUUUUUGAUAGCUCAAUGGUCAUCCCAUCUAAAAUUAAUAAAAAUUAGAAUCGGGAUAAUGGUUGUAGAAACCAUUAUUCGGGUCUUCCAUAUGUAUUUUCCCACAAACGAGCUCAAUGUCCAGAUUGCUAACGUUUUCGAAAAGUUUUUCGAAAAUAAGUCGCGAUGGCAGUUGUAUGUAUUUUGCGUCUGCUGAAAAUAGAGAGUCCGUAAGAUCUCUGUUUAGCUGCAAUAUAAUGGAAUAACACUGCCAUUUAAAAAACGGCCCAAAAUAUUUUUUGUAUUUUUUUUAAAAGGUUUAUCAAAUUAUUUUGUAUAUUGUACAUUACUUACUAUGAAUUUAGUCAAUUCCCUGUAAUUUUUGGUGGCUUGUUUGUAAAGGAUUCAGCUGGAAAUUCAAUAUUUUGCAUAGUUCGGUAACGAAGGUACUGAUUCCUUUAUUCACAAGCGCAUUAUUCUAUUUUUUUCUAUUAAUUAUAAUUAUUUAAUUAUGAAAUUCUAGCCUUAUAAAAGCCUGUUUAUAUUCUAACAUGUAUUUUAUUUAGUUAUAAAAAGUUUUUAAUUCUAA